CGCGCACGUAUACACAUCCCAGCGUGCGCCCUCACGUACAACACACACACGCACACGCACACAGCUGGACACACAGCCGUACGGACCCCAAAUGCCGAGUUCCGGGCCUUGAGGCGUCCCGGCGCCCUGCCCCCGCGGCGGGCCGGGCGGCGCGCGCACCCGCAGACACGCGCACCCUCCCCGCGCGGCUCCACGCCCCUGGCCGCGGCCCGGGCGCUGUGCUGUGCAGCGCCGCGCGGCGGGCGGCGGGAGGCGGCGGCGGCGGCGGCCGAGAGAGCGGAGGAGGCGGAGCAGGGAGCCGGCAACCGCUGGCCCGCGCUCCUCCUGCCGGCCGGGGAUUUUCCAGCCUGGGCGCUGACGCCGCGGUCCUCCCUGCGGCCGCCGCGGACCAUGGGCGACAAAGGGACACGGGUGUUCAAGAAAGCGAGUCCAAAUGGAAAGCUCACCGUCUAUCUGGGAAAGCGGGACUUUGUGGACCACAUCGACCUCGUGGACCCUGUGGAUGGUGUGGUCCUGGUGGAUCCUGAGUACCUCAAGGAGAGAAGAGUCUAUGUGACACUGACCUGCGCCUUCCGCUAUGGCCGGGAGGACCUGGAUGUCCUGGGCCUGACCUUUCGCAAGGACCUGUUUGUGGCCAAUGUGCAGUCCUUCCCGCCAGCACCCGAGGACAAGAAGCCCCUGACGCGGCUGCAGGAGCGCCUCAUCAAGAAGCUGGGGGAGCACGCCUACCCUUUCACCUUUGAGAUCCCUCCAAACCUCCCAUGCUCAGUGACGUUGCAGCCGGGGCCUGAAGACACAGGGAAGGCCUGUGGUGUCGACUAUGAAGUCAAAGCCUUCUGUGCAGAAAACCUGGAGGAGAAGAUUCACAAGCGGAAUUCUGUGCGCCUGGUUAUCAGGAAGGUUCAGUAUGCGCCCGAAAGGCCUGGACCCCAGCCCACAGCUGAGACCACCAGGCAGUUCCUCAUGUCGGACAAGCCAUUGCAUCUAGAGGCCUCUCUGGAUAAGGAGAUCUAUUACCACGGAGAGCCCAUCAGCGUCAAUGUUCACGUCACUAACAAUACCAACAAGACUGUGAAGAAGAUCAAGAUCUCGGUGCGCCAGUAUGCAGACAUCUGCCUUUUCAAUACGGCCCAGUACAAGUGCCCUGUGGCCAUGGAAGAGGCUGAUGACACAGUGGCACCCAGCUCGACAUUCUGCAAGGUUUAUACGCUGACCCCCUUCCUGGCCAACAACCGAGAGAAGCGGGGCCUUGCCCUAGAUGGGAAACUAAAGCAUGAAGACACGAACCUGGCUUCCAGCACCCUGUUGCGUGAAGGAGCCAAUAGGGAGAUCCUGGGCAUCAUCGUUUCCUACAAGGUGAAAGUGAAGCUGGUGGUGUCUCGGGGCGGCCUGUUGGGAGAUCUUGCAUCCAGUGAUGUGGCUGUGGAACUGCCCUUCACCCUAAUGCACCCCAAGCCCAAAGAGGAACCCCCACAUCGAGAAGUUCCAGAGAACGAGACGCCAGUAGAUACCAAUCUCAUAGAACUUGACACCAACGAUGACGACAUUGUGUUUGAGGACUUUGCCCGCCAGAGACUGAAAGGCAUGAAGGAUGACAAGGAGGAAGAGGAAGAUGGUACGGGCUCUCCACUGCUCAACGACAGAUAGACUGGGCAGCCUCCCCUGGCAGCUCCAGGUCCACCCCAUGCACUAGGAUGCUUACUCGUCUUCUCCCUGUUCUGGCUCCCCUCCUCUUUGUUCUUCCAGUUUCUGCCCAGGGCCUUGCGGUCCUCCAGGCCGUGGUUCCUGGAGCCAUGCCUCAGGACUGGCCCCACAUCAGCAUGUCAGCAGGGCCGCCCAUGCCACGUUCACCCCUUCACUGCAGUCACCUCUCCAUCCCUCCUCUUUUCCUGCCGACCCCCAGAAAGGUCACCAUGGCUCUGACCUUGGAAUUUGACUUGGGAUGGGGGGCAGAAUGGGGGAGGAUGGGACACAGGGCUUGGACAGGUGGGCAUGAGGGCUUAGGACACAUGAGAGGAUGUCCACAGUCCCAGGUGGUUAACACAGUUCUGGCAGCUAAAAGAUGACCACAUGAAGGCCACCCUCUUCUGGAGGGAGGGGCAGACUGUGGACAGAUUCUCAACGCCUCUGUGCAGUUCAGACCCACCAGACCCUCACCCCUUGCACCCCCUUCUCCACUGCAUGUCCCUCAGUGUGGACAGUGACUUUGAUGAAGGUUCGUAAGCCCCAGGAGUUCGAUGGACAGACUUUCUUACCAGCAGUUACUUAGUCUAAAGCAAGCUGUGUGAACUAGCCAAGUCUAUCUCAGUAUUGUCAGGAUGUAACACCCCAGCUACCUUGUAUCUUACGUGUGUCUUCUAUCUAUAAAUAGAGAGAGAAAGGAGGGGCCUUCAGAGAGCACCAACUCCUAGCAGAGGGAGCCACAGCUCCUGUGAGGUUUCCUGAGGGUGGCUGUGAGAGAUGGCGGCAGGGAGGGGAGGGGAAGGAUCUUCCCCGUCCCCUGCUUCUGUCCCCUUAUGAGCGAUCAGCAGUCCCUCAGGAAGCAAGGCCGCAGGUCCAGAGGGAGCCCGAGCCACCAGGGUUCUCCUGCCUUCCCUUGAAGAUCUCCAGGGCUGGGCUGAGCUGGCCCUGCAGGCUGGGGGGAAGUGCCUGAGGCCACGGAGGGUCCUUCCUCAGAAGGUGGCAGGGUCCGUCGAGAUGCCCUCACCUACAGGGAAGGGAGCUGCUGGGUAGCAAAGAGCCCCUUGUUCCUUGGAGAACUGGUGACCCCUCAGUUCCCAGUGUCAUGGGUCCAGGACCCACUGGUUGAUGUUGGUGUGAUUGGGACCUGGGGUGUUCCCAGGACAACAGGAUGAUGAGGUAGAAAGUGUUGAAAGGCAACUAUGAUUAUCUGGCCUUUGAUGCUCACUUACUGUGUCACCUUGGGUGAGUUCCUUUCCCUCUCUGGGCCUCAGUUCUUUACCCAAAAAACCAAGGGUUUUGACCAUAUUAUCACAAAGGGCCUUCAGAGCUCUGGCCUCUUAAGAAUUUGUGAACAUUAGAGUUUCUGACCUGGUGGGUGGGCCAGAGCCACUGAUCCUGGUCCAUCUGCUUGCUGAGGGGAUUCAUUGGACCCCAGAGGAGAGCUUCAACCCCUGCCCUUCCCUCCACCCAUGCCUGCCACACCAGGCCUGGGAAUGGCUCAUCUUGGACCCCUGGAGGGUCGCCUGAUGUCAUGCUGUGGCCAUUAACUAGCAUGAGCUGCAUGGCCCUAGAGCCUGAAUAUGACAGAAGGGCAGAACUUGUAUUUGCUGAGGUUUGGAGUGAGGGUAGCCAGGAGUAGGGGAGCUUUUGAUAGGGCCUCAGUACCUCACAGCUUCCUGUGGAUGCAGACACCCUGAGGUUUACCUCAUACGCAAGGAAAUGUUCUGAUUAGCAGGGCAAGGGAUCUCUCCUCCAUUCCUACUCCCUUCUAUCUCUGUCCUAUACUUGCCUGAAAAGGGAGAAGACAAAAUUUUAUUAUACCAGUUGGGUCUCAACCCUUUUCAGUCCAGCCCCACCUGGGGUGGGCUAUGUAACGAUUUUCUAUGGUGAAAUUACCCAGUUCCCAUGCCUGGCACUGCCCCCCAGUCCUCCCUUCUGAACCUCAUGAAGACUCAACCCUAGGGACCCCUACCCCAUGUCAGAACUAAGUCAGCUCGGGGCAGCCACCCACCCGUGGCCAGUCCUGGGGUCCCAGCUGCAGGUGCCCUUGGCAUCCAGCCCCUAUCAGAGCUCGCCAGGCAGUUCACACCUUGUUUGGGCAGCUGUAGAAGUGAAGUGCUAAACAACCGUGUGCUCUCCAGUGUCUUACUCUGGCCCCUUUGGGCUGGUAUAAGACCCUUUAGGAUUUGGGGUGAUCAUUGCCCUACACACAAACCUCUUCCCCCAUUCCUAACCCAUACACACAAAAGAUUUGCCAGGCUGGUUUCUUGUGCUUCCUCCACGUCAAAAUCCCACUUGCCCUCUGAGUUUAUCCCGACGUUUACCUGAAAUUUCCCAGCUGCUGGAUGCAUCAGAGCCCCAUCCAGACGUUUACUCUUUGGGGCCAGGACUGCAGAGGUGGUCAAGUUCUUUUGGAUUUGGCUUUACUAUCCUUGGUUGACAACUUCUCUGCUCAAUGCCAAGCGCUGGAGACACAGUGAUGAGUCAGUCCCAGCCCCUGUCCUCAGGAAGCUCAGGGUCAGGGGAUAGUUACAGGGGGACGUAACAGGGAGCCAUUGUAUUCAGGGCUCCAUGGCUGCUGCUGGGCCAUAUAGUGCCUUGAUGUGAAUUAGAAAUCGUGCCCCUUCCAUAUGGAUUCAGCCCAUGUUAGGAGGCACAGCUUUGAGUGGCACGUGGGCCAGAGUUGAGCCCUGCCUGCCCCUGGGCUCAUCACCCUCCUGCACAGCCGUGCACUGCAGCCCAGUGGGACUCUUGUGCCUUCCUGAGGGAAAGGCCCAGAGCAUCUUUCCAAGCUUCUGGUCAGCUCCAGCCCACACCCACCCUGCAGCCCCAAACAUCAAAGAAUCUUUGCCCUGCAGGGUUCCUCUCCAUCUGGAGUCAGUCAGGUGAGACUUAAGAGUAAAACUAGGGGUGAGGGGGCCCUGCUGUGCCUAUCAGGGCUUGUGCUGACCAUGCAGCUCUACAGUGGGACUUCCGUUGGGCCAUGUGGGUUAUAGCUAGCAGUCUGGGCAGGAAGGAAGGGCAAAAAUCUGCAGGCAGAGGGCAAGCUGGACUUCCUCAUCAUUCCAACCACAAGAAGAGUUCAGUCUCUGUGAAGUUAAGGACUGAAUAACUUGGCUGGACUCCAUAGGCCUCCUCAGGCUCAAAGCCCAGACAGGUGAACUUGACCUCACCCAUGGUGCUGGUUCAGCUUGGGGAGUUGCCAACAAGCUGGUUCGCACAGGGUGCAGUGAAAAGCAUGCUGGUUUGGAAAGUCACAAUGCCUCUCAGUCCUGGUUUGUCACCAAACAGCUGAGGAGCCUUGAGCAAGUUGUUCAACCUCUUGGGCUCAGUUUCGCUAACUGUAAAGUGGGACAGCAAUCUCUUCCCCACCUGACUCAAGGAAUUGUGAGGCCCAGGUGAGAUGAGUCACCUCUGUAGGUUGCAAAUGGCUGCACAGCUCAUGGCCCUGCCCCUGUGGGGGAGUAGCCCAGGGUCACAUAGGAAGUUCCUGGGCUGAGCCUUCCUCCCACUAGUCUUCAUCUCUUGUGCCCUUCUUGCUUAGAUGUCAACCAGAAUGAGAAGCACCCAGUUGGACUCUGGUAGCCCAGCUGAAAGGGAAAUUCAGGCACUAUUUAGGAAUGAUAUGCCCAUGGACAGUGGUUCCAGCAACUACAACAGAAAGACAAGACAAAGAUACUGUCAGUGAUUGGGACAGGGGCAUGUACACUCCCCGAAGUGUCACUCACACUUCCCAUCUCUCAGACCCCGCAGAGGCCAAGAAACCUUGGCUCCGAUCCCAGGCUAGGAAGAGCCACCAGCCCCCAGGCCCAGGGAGGGCCAAGCCACCCCUACAUCAAAGAACUGUAAGUGUGAGGUGGAAUGGCAGUUGCCUGCUCAUUCCCUUCAAAGUACAAGGCCCCCUCAAGGGUCUACCCGAGCUGCCAAUGCUUCUUGGUGGCACUUGGGAGGGAUUCGUGCCUACAGAAAAUCCAGGCCUCCCUCUCUGAGAACUGACCCCCAGCUGACCCAUCUCCCAUUGGUUCUAGCAGCCCAUAAAGGCAGCUUCUGCCAGCAACUGGGACCUGGACACUCUACCCAUCCUGGAGGAAGGCAGUAGGACCCCAUCUUGAACUCAUAGGGUCUCAAGGAUAUAGGCCUCUACUUGUUCUUAUGUUUCUCUUUUUAAAGUCAACAAGGACCAAAAUGGGCUUUCCCCACCCUUUUGCAUAAGCCUGCAUUGGGUCUGGCAUUUUGCCACCCUGGCCCAGGAAGCUCCAUCACUUUUGCCCUCCCUCCAGGAGCAAGCUCCAUCACUUUUGGGCUACCUGUGGAGCGUGAUCUUCACCCCUACCAGUUCCCUGCAGGGUUACUGCACAGUGGCCUCAAAGAGAGGCCCACCAAAGGGGGAGAUCCUACCACCAUCACACUCUGCCAACUCUUCACCCUGAAAGGGAAGUCAAAGCACAGGUCCCUAGGACCCAUGACCUACAGACACUAUGACAGUAGUUUUCAAACCAGGUGCUGUGGAACACCUGGUGUCCACAGAGCUUUGUCAGGGGCUGCUAACGUGGGAAGAUGGGGGUGAAGACAAAGGAUAAGUCUUCAGCCCUCCCCCAGUCCCACUUCCACCAGAACAGCUCUGCUUUUAUCUAUUUUGCCUAUUGAGGUUUCACCUUCAAAUUUUGUUUUGAAGAAAAACUUCAAACCGCCAUUGGUUUGAUCUUAGACCAGCAAGCCAGGUUCUAUUCUUGCUUUUCAUGUUGGAAUGGCUCUACUAUUCCAAUACAAAGGAUCUUUGUAUUGGAACUUGGGUCACAGACCCAGGCCCAAGCAUUUGUUUAUUCACACAGACAUGCAUGUGUGCAUAUUUCAUGGUUUUGCAGCCCAUCCACCCAGAAACUCUCACCUGGAUUUGAUUUGGGCAGGGUCCUGGUGCUCAGUGAGGAUGGGUCUUCACCCUGAUAUUGGCCACACAGCAUGGGGGACCAUAGAACAAAGAAGCAGGCCCAGCCCCUACCCCACAACUUGUGUCUGCACCCCAAUAUGAUACUCUGCUUCCCUGGCCCAGGCCCAUGGGGUGGGUGAUGGGACAGAAGAAGAAACUAGAAUCAGAUUCCUCUUCACAGUCAGCCAGAUGGAUGAAAGUCCAUGUUUUCAUUAAAAAAAUGCCCAGGGAGGACCCUGUGAGGGCAAGAUCCCUCCAGAAACUUCUAAGCAGCAGGUUUCCCUUGAGCAGUUCUAAUAGGCUUCCACUGCUAUGUUUGUGGACCAAGUGUGGAGGCAGCAGGAGCUGCCUGAAGAGGUGCUGGUCCUCCACCUGCAGUCUGUUGGAUUCUCUCCCUACCAACCUGCCUGGGCCCCUCACCUGGGCUAAGGGGUAGGUGGGCACUUUGGUGGGACUUGGGCCAGCCCUUGGCACAGAAUCCUUCCUGGGCCCCCCACCCAGGGCAUUUGAGGUACAAAUGUGAGGCUCAGGGCACAGCAAGCCACAUGGCAUGGGAGAAAGUGCCAACAGGUGUUCUACAUUCUGCCCAAGCAUGCUCUUGGGAACCCCACUGACCUCAUUUUCCCCAUGUGUAAGAUGGGGUUAGUGCCAGGCUCUGCUCACCUCACAGGGAUUACAAGGGAGGGUCAUAGGAGAGGCAAGUAUGAGAGGUGGUGUCAUAUGACAGGUGGGAGCCUCACAAACUUGGGGUGCAGACCUGCAGAACACUUGGGAAUGAGUAUAGGAUGUGCCGUCUUACUUGGGCAUCUCUGCUCAGUAUUAAGGUCUAGUCACAGAUGCUAUCGUGGGCCUGCCUCUUCCUAGCCAUUGGGAGAAGUAUUCAGCCUGGCACAGUGACUAUGUGUGGAUUCUGGGCACAGGGAGUGACAGAUGUCUGGGACAGGUCUCCAGGUCUGUAGCCCUGAUGUUAAGUGAUUAUUUUGUGACACUCAUUCCUGGGCCACCUGUCAGGUUUAUCUGUUGUACCUGUGGCAUUCCUUGAUAUGUCAGAUAAGUUAUUGCAGUUUAUUCAAUUCUAACAAAACAAAUGAACAAAAGAACCAUAAAAAGGAGACCAUUAAAGGUCUUUUGUGACAAA